CUUUAUAAAUUAAUUAAUUAAUAGAAUCCUUAAGGCUUCGUCUUUUUCUUACUUUUGAGGCAUGUCACCCACAUGGAGAUGUCUAUUUGCCAUUUGGGGCAGUAGCAAAGAAGCAGGCUAAUAUAUAUUAACAAAAAUACUGAAUAUUUGUGGACAGGCCAGUAGUAUAUUUGUCAUGUUAGGGUUUCGUGGUUUUAUCGAAGCUGGCAAUGCUCCAGGUUCAAGGCAAUUAUUCAAUUCGUACAAAAAGGUAAUUCCGUCUAUCUCCAUCCAAAAAAACCAUUACUUUCGCCUAAUCAGCACGCCGAAUCAUUUAAAAUAUCAAUAAAAUAUUAAUGACCUAACUCAAUUAAACUAGUAACCCAACCAAAAACCUUAAUUCUACCCACCCACCUGAAUUCUUACAGACAAAAAACAUGAGCCAAGUUAAGCCGCCGGUUCUGGCGACUCCAGCACCGCCUCCCCACCGCAUUCAUCAAUACCUCGCCGCCACUAAACAUAUCAUCGGAGAUUCAUAAAUUGAAUACUUUCAUGUGUGUUUGUUAUCGGAAUUGGUCUCGCAAGAUCAUAUUGUUAGUAAAUUAAAUGGUAUAUGAUUCACUAUGGAACUUUUUCGAACAACUCAAGUUAUUGGGAUCAACUGGUUCUUAACAUAUCUCACUGUCUCUCAAUUUCAUAUAAUAUUUUUUAUGGACGCCUUAGUUUUGGGCCCAUAGCCGGUCUGUUCUGUUGAUAUCUGAAAUGGGCCUCUUACAAACCUGUCCAAUCCAUCCUAGAAAAGAAUCUAGUAGCUUCGACUUCCUCCGUUUCUUGCCAUUCACGUUCAACUCUCAGUAUUUCAAACGACGAGCGAGCCGAGAGAAUCAACGGCGAGCAGGGGCUGAGGGACGACCAGACUGAAGGAUUUCUCGGCGAGCGACGUCCACGAGUUCAAUUGAGACCAGGGGGCGAGCGUAGCUACUGAUUUAAUUUGUUUGCUUGUUAGAGGGCAAGGUAAAUUACGGAAUUCGCUUCUUUUUCUGUUGGGAGGACGAAUUUUCUGCGAAUUAGGGUUGCUAUUCGUUAAGAUUUCAGCAGAUUAGGGUUGCAGAUUUUUGGGCGAUUUGGCAGCAGGUUUAGGAUAAUCAUAUCAGUGCUUUCUUGAAGUGGGUAAUCGAUGGAUUUUCGCUGUUUACCAACCGAAUUCGUGUUUAUCAUGGUUUAUCUGCGGUGGAUGGUCAUCUAUGUUGGUUUGAUUUGAAAUGAAUUUUGAUAGCCAGAAAACCCACUAUUAAAAGCACCAACUUUCUGCUCUUUCUUCUUCUUUUGGAUUCGGGGUUCUUCUAUGGUUAGGGUAUGCGUUAAUGAUUUGUCCUCUGAGUUGGGCGAGCUGCCUAUACUGUUCUGGUAGGACAAUGAAUGUUUGAUGCAGAGCUUUUUUUUUGUUGAAAUUUAUAGAACUUGAGUUGCUUAUCGAUGGAGUGAUGGAAUGAAUUGCUCAUGUGUAGCAGCAGGACAGAAAGAUGGAGGCAUCAAAAGGGUCGCAGGAGAUGCAGCAAGCAGCGGCAGCAGCAGCAUCGUGUCGCAAGUACAAGAAGGACGAUGCCACUUUUUUGGAGGAUGUCAAAGCUCACAUUGAUGAAUUCGUCAAUGCAUCAAUGGACGAGCACAAGUCAUGCUUUAAGAAAACCAUGUCAAAGAUGUUUGGGAUGUCCAAGGUCGUUGCAGAGAAGCAAGCUGAAGCGAAAGGGGUCGAAAGUGUGCUUCCCCUGCAAACUAGUUUGUCCAAAUGAAGGUCUCCUUACAGUUCUAGGUUUUUAUGCAUGUAAAACCUAGUCCUGGAGGAAGAUGGUUGGUUACAUUCUGCACUUUGAUAGCUCAUGAAUGUUUGUUUAGCACUUUUUCCCUAUCCAAAUUACGUAGCAGCACAAGUUAAAUGAAAUGUUAUGACUCUAGAUACAUAUACCAUACGUUCAAGCUGUUCUGUUCAGUGCAUCUAAAAAUGUGUACUAACCUCAAUUGUGUGCAAUUGAAUGUGUUUAAUUUUUAGCCUCGUUUUGAUACUUACAUCAAAAUGCAAAGGUGAUUGCGAUGAUUGUGACUUAAGUUUUCCGACGGUUCUUCUUCGACACAUAAUGAAAUCGACUCGAUACUUGAAAAAUUCAGGCAUUCUGGUGGCCCGACAUUCCUAAGGGAUACAGCUCUAUCGUAGACCAGUGCUGCUUCUUCUGAUGUUUCAUAUGUCGCCAAACCAAACUCUAAAUGGACCACAUUGUGCUUGCUCGUUAAGUUCAGUUCGAUGGCCUGUGCUUCACUCUUAUGUACUUGCACGAUGAUAUGACUUCUGUGUUCUUCUGCUGAUGUUUGAUCUCAAACUAGUUCGCUGAUAAGAUUUGACACCUGAAUUGCCUACGCUCGAUUCUGACAACAAAACCAAAGAUAAAAAGAUUUGAGUCGAACAACUAAAUACGAUUGAUUCUUUUCCAAGAAUGGAUAGGGUCCUUGGAUCAAGCACUUACCUAACUCGUGCAAAACCCUCCUAUUAUGAAAUCCAGAUUGGAGGAAUUCCACACAACUGGAUCUGGAUAUAGUUAAACUGCCCAUCUUCUCUACUUCAACAAUUACCUCACUCAUGUAGAAUUUAUCACCUGUUAGUUGCCAUAUCUAACUCAUAUGUAACUGUUCUGCAUGCUAAUCCAGUGGAGUUAAACCAGUCUGAGCUUGCUUCUGUUCAUUUAUUGUCUUCUUAUACCUCUCAACUUGACCUCUCAUUACCAGAAGUAAGUUUUGCUGGUCACAGUUCCAUCAUCAUCAUCAUCAUCAGUUCUGGGCAUUACACAGGAAGUACUGAAUGAAAUCACUUGGGUACUCAAUGCCAUUACAAAAAAGUGACAGGCUGCUGAUCGAAGAGAGACCUGGAAGGACUCCUAAUUGGGAAACAAAAUGAGAGACUACGCUUUCUGAUUCACAAGAGCUAGAGUGUCAGCAGCUGCGCCGUUACUCAGCAGACAUCGCCGGCGUCUGGGACCCGAUUACAUCGCCGACCGACGAGCGUGUCAGAGUGGACACGGUAGUGAAAGCCCAGAAGUGUAAGGCCUUUGCUUGGUGAAUUCUCAACCCGCGAAAGCCCAAAAGGAACUUGGAUAACGUCGGCCCAACCCACUUUUCUAUGGAUUUCUGUCCAACGAGGCUUUAUCAUAAUAACAAAUCUCCAAAAUCUUUGUGGUCCUUCCAUUGCAGGGCAUAUAGGCUGGCAGCCUGGCGGGCAUAAAUGAUUAAGAAGGGCGUUUGGUCGUUUGCUGAUUGGAUUUGAGAUGGAUUUUAUUUAUCCAAAUUUGUGGACCUCAAAAAUUUUCAAUCCCAUGUAUUAUGUUGGAUUUGGUUGAAGUAUGGGUGGCCAAUGGUUGGAUUUGGCGGGUUAUGGUAUAAAUUGACCUAACGGCU